AUGUCGCGCACGUCGAUAUUUACUGGUUCAUUGGGAGCCGCUCUUGACGUCGCGCCUUCCAAGCUCCCCCGUCUUUCCUCCCCCAUCCAUGGCUCCAGCACAGUCCCGUGGAGAUAUCACUUCAAUACAGUCACAUUCUCUUACACCUCGGCCUUCUGGACAUGGGAGGACUGGGAGCUACAGCUGGACUGGCUCGCUCUCCGCGGCGUCAACUUGCCCUUGGCGUGGGUUGGUGUGGAGAAGAUCUUUCUUGAGGUCUUCCAAGAGAUCGGUUUGACGGAUGCUGAAAUCGCAGCUUUCUUCAGCGGACCAGCCUUCCAAUCAUGGAACCGCCUUGGCAACAUCCAGGGCUCCUGGGACGGCGACCUGCCGCUUCAAUGGAUCGAUCAGCAGUUUGAGCUUCAAAAGAAGAUUGUCCGCCGGAUGGUCGAGCUCGGAAUGACCCCUGUUUUGCCCGCUUUCAGUGGAUUUGUUCCAUCCAAUAUCACUCGCGUGUGGCCAGAUGCGAGCGUUGUCCGGGGAUCGGCAUGGGAGAGGUUCCCUACACAGUAUACCCAUGACUCCUUCCUUGAGCCCUUCGACAAGCACUUCUCGGAGAUACAGUCCAGAUUCAUUAAGAAGCAGGGUGCCGCGUAUGGCCAGGUGAGCCAUAUCUAUACUCUGGAUCAAUACAACGAGAACGACCCUCUUUCUGGAGAUCUGGACUAUCUGCACAAUGUUACCAACAACACUAUCAUCAGCUUGAAGAAUGCGGACCCGAAGGCCACCUGGAUGAUGCAAGGCUGGCUAUUCUCUUCGAGCGAGGACUUCUGGACCGACGAGCGUGUGGAGGCGUAUCUGUCCGGCGUGGGGAACAAUGACGACAUGAUCAUCUUGGAUUUAUUCUCAGAAAGCUCUCCUCAAUGGAUACGGACCCAAUCCUAUUACGGGAAACCCUGGAUCUGGUGCCAACUCCACGGGUACGGCGGCAACCAGGGCUUAUAUGGUCAGAUCUCCAACGUUACUCAAAACGCGACCCAAGCCCGAAUCGAUUCGCCUUCUAUGGUCGGUUACGGACUAAGUAUGGAGGGCCAGGAAGGCAACGAGAUUGUUUACGAUCUCCUCCUCGACCAGGCAUGGUCUUCCAAGGCUAUUGAUACAGAGAGCUACUUCCAUGAUUGGGUCACUAGUCGGUACUCUGGCUCUCGGGACGAUCCCCAAGGCUCUCUAUGA